CUGUAGUCUUCUGGCUUCACAGUGGUUUUGUAACGUGUAAGGUCACACAGAGGCGCUUUACAACAGCUUACACAGCUUAAAAUGACGUGCAAGUUAUACUUUUAUAUUUUGUUUGAUUAACUAGCGUGAUGAUUUAUUGACGGAACUUGUUCAACCAACGUAAACAAGUAAACAGUUGGCCGUUUGAAACAGUCACAUCAGAUCCCAGACAACUUCUCAGCCAAUCAGAUCCUGCGUGGACCCACUCCCCUCAGAGACACCUCUAGGAUCAACUGAAGAGAACUCACCGGAAAGUAAACUAAGUGGAGCGUCGGGGGCCCUGAGUGUUUUGUCUUGUAGCUUUACACUCUUGACACAUUCAGGUUCAACAUCACGUGAGAAGCAUCUGGUGGAACCGCAGCUGUGGACUUGGUUUGUGAUCUUUGGUGAGUGAGUUUGUCCGAUGGCAAGGCAAAGUAAGCUGCAGAAGCAGAUCCUGGCUCUGUACCGGCAGUUCCUGCGGGCCGGACAAGACAAACCAGGCUUCAUCCCCCGAAUCCGUGACGACUUCAGACAGAACGCUGGCAUCAAGAAGACGGACGUGAUGCACAUCGAGUACCUGUACCGACGAGGGCAGAGGCAGCUGGAGCAGCUGAGGGACGUCAACACCAAACAGUUGGGCUCCUUCGCCAAACCUGCAGAAAAGAGCUGACCUCUGACCUGUACGGCAUCAUGUGACCAUCAACGACACUGACAAAUACCUCUCAAAGACUUACGACCAAACUGUCACCCGUGUUGCUUUGUAUCCAGUUGGGAAAGAAACAUGAUUUUGGAGUUUAAAAUCCAAAUGAACAUUCUCUGAUUGUUUAGACGCAUUAAAUCAAAAUAUACUU